CUCCUCCUCAACUUCAUCUCCUCCGACCACCCCCGCCACUCCCUCCACCAGCUCCUCCUCCGCCGCCCCCGCCUGCCGUAACCACUCCUCGACACCUCCCUCUCCGCCUACGCCCUCUCCCACUACCCCGACCUCGCCUUCCAGCUCUUCAACAAGAUGAAGCGCCUCCGCAUUAAACCCAACCUCCUCACCUGUCACUCCCUCCUCUCCUCCCUCAUCCGCCAGCACCCUCAUUCCUCCCACUCCAUUCACCUCUCCAAACAAGUCUUCAACGAUUCCCUUAAGCUCGGUAUAAUCCCAAAUACCACCACCUUCAACAUCUUGAUCCAUGGUUCUUGUCUUGAUAAUAAUUUUAAUGAUGCUCUUGGCUUCAUGAACCAAAUGUCUGAUUUUGCUUGUUCUCCUGAUAAUAUCACUUACAAUACUAUUCUUGAUGCAUUGUGUAGAAAGGGCCAAUUGAGUAAGGUUAGGGAGGUUUUGCUAGAGAUGAAAGGUAGCGGGGUUUCCCCAAAUAGGAACACCUAUAAUAUCUUGGUUAAUGGCUAUUGUAAGUUGAGGUGGUUGAAGGAGGCUGCUGAGGUUGUCGAGUUGAUGAAAGCGAACGGCAUGGUACCGGAUAUUUGGACUUAUAAUACAAUCAUGAGGGGUUUGUGCGACGAGGGGAAGGUCAAGGAGGCGAUUAGCCUAAGGGAUGAGAUGGAGAGCCUGAGAGUGAUGCCGGAUGAGGUUACCUACAAUACUCUGAUUGACGGGUGUUUUCAGUGGAAGGGGAGUGUGGAAGCAUUCAAGUUGGUUGAGGAAAUGAAGGGAAAGGGAGUCAAGCCAAACGCGGUGACUCACAAUAUAAUGGUGAAGUGGUAUUGUAAGGAAGGUAAGAUGGAUGAAGCCGGCUGUGUCGUGGCGAAGAUGGUGGAGAGUGGGUUUUCACCGGACUGUUUUACUUAUAAUACUAUGAUCAAUGGUUAUUGUAAGGCAGGAAAUCUGGGAGAAGCUUUUAAGAUGAUGGAUGAAAUGGGGAGGAAAGGUUUAAAGAUGGAUACUUUUACUCUGAACACUAUAGUGCACAAAUUGUGCACGGAGAAGCUGCUCAAAGAGGCAUACGAGUUGACUGUGAAGGCCGCAAAGCGAGGUUAUAUUCUCGAUGAGGUAACCUAUGGAACUCUAAUCAUGGGAUACUUUAAAAAUGAACAAACAAACAAAGCUCUGAAGCUUUGGGAUGAGAUGAAGGAGAAGGGGAUCAUUCCUAGUGUUGUCACUUAUAACACUAUAAUUAGGGGGUUGUGCCAUUCUUUAAAAACUGAUCAGGCUGUAGAUAAAUUGAAUGAGCUUCUAGAUAAAGGUUUGGCCCCCGAUGAAGCUACGUGUAACAUAAUUAUUCAUGGUUACUGCUGGGAGGGAGCAGUGGAGAAAGCAUUCUUGUUCUAUAACAGAAUGGUUGAGAACUCAUUCAAGCCGGAUGUUAUUACAUGUAACAUUCUUCUUCGAGGGCUUUGCAAACAUGGUAUGUUCGAGAAGGCCUUUAAUUUAUUUAACACAUGGAUCGUUAAAGGUAAGCCCGUUGAUGCAGUUACGUACAACACGUUGAUUUCCGUCCUUUGCAAAGAAGGGAAACUUGAUGAAGCAUUUGACCUCAUGACUGAGAUGGAGAAGAAAAAAUUGGGGCCGGACCGAUAUACUUAUACUGCCAUCAUUGGUGCACUUACUCAUGCUGGGAGAACUGAGGAAGCAAAGAAAUUCAUGUCAAAACUCCUAGAGACAAGUCCAAAUAUGAUAAGUGAAGACACUUCACAAAUGCUUGGUUCAGGCAACAUGGAUUACUCAGAACAGAUAAGUAAUUUUUGUACUCAAGGGAAGUACAAAGAGGCAAUGAAACUAUUUCAAGAAUCAGAGCAGAAAGGAGUUAGUUUGAAUAAAUCUGCGUAUUUCAAGUUAAUGGAUGGGCUAUUGAAGAGGCGAAAAAGCAUAUCGAAGGAAUGUAUUCUUAUAUGCCACUUUAGACUUUAGGGAGGAGAAAAGAAGAUAUGUAUCUGCUGAGAGGUAUUCUGAAGCAUUAGAUAUCCUACAUUCAGGAGCUUGCCUUCAAUUGACUCAUGGGCAGGUUACAUGCGGAGCAGAGCUUGCUUCAAUGUAUGUGGAGACCUUAGUGAAAGGGAAAAUUCCU